AUGGGUGUGUUGUCCAACCUGAUGCGGGGUCUGGUGAGAGGAGCGGAUAGGAUGUCUGAGUUCACCAGCAAACGUGGAUCGAGGACUCACAACAAAGGCCGGGGCGCAAGGCCUGCUGGACUGAGGCUGAGCAGCAGGAAGUUCCUGACCAUCAGAGCCAUGGUCCCAGAGUUUGUGGUGCCGUCAUUGGACGGCUUCGCCCUCAAACCCUACGUGUCAUACCAAGCGCCCAGAGGAACGGAGCCCCCACUCACAGCACAGAGCUUGUUCGCAGAGGUGGUGGCUCCUCAGAUCAGGAAGGACCUUGACGACGGAACCUUCAGCAAAGACAACCUGGAGAAAUAUGGAUUUGAGCCAACGCAGGAAGGGAAGCUCUUUAAACUCUAUCCCAAGAACUAUGUGCGUUAAAAUGCACGGACUUCUGACCUACUGGAGACUUAAAAACACUUAUUUUGUUUUACAUGUGACUUCACAAUAAAUAUUUGCAUGGAGGCGACGACA